CCACAGCGUCAUCGGGCGUUCGCGUUGGUCUUACUGUAUCUAUGAUCUGCCAGACAGUGAUUAAAAAUGGCAAGAACCCCGGACAGCUUUCGCGAGAUGAUGUCAUGUGUAAAAUAAUAUACGUUUCACAAGUUCAUCCUGGUGGAUGGGUGCCAACUGCUGCGUUACGACACGUGUAUAAAAGAGAGUAUCCAAAGUUCCUUCGUAAUUUCACCGAGUACGUGGAAGUCAAUGUUGGGACUGGAUUUAUCACUGCCAUGAAUUACUAUGCUAAGGAAGUGGUGAUACCGAUAUCCGUGGUGCGAGGUGAUCCCUUUUUCUCUUUUUCGUAUCUCGUUUGCAGAUUUGGAGUAAUAGCCCUUGAUAUCAUAUACUUCAUAUAUGUUAGUUCAUACUCUCAACUAGUAUUUAUUGUUGCUGUUUAUGUAAAUUGCAUUUUAUCGUAAUU